AUGGUUUUGGAUUGUGUGACUUUUUCAAUGACUUCUGAUUUAUCAACAAUUUAUUCAAAUUUGCCUGACAUUGAUUCGGAUCCGGCUAUUAUUAAAAUAAUUCAUGAUGGUGAAAAACUUGAACGUGAAGCACAACGAAAACAUUUAUGUGAAAUAUUAGGUAUCAAAUCAUCAAAACAUCUUCCAUCCACACCACCAGACAAUUAUAACAAUAAAAUAUGGCUUAAUCAUUCCAUAUUAGCAUCUCCAAUGGUUAAUAUUCCUUCGACGUUGCCAUCAUCACUAACACGCAACAAUAAUAAGACAACAAUUUUUCAUCCUCAUCGUUCUGGAAAGAAAUUUUACGCUUACGAUGAUCAUCAAAACAAUAAAUAUCGUUCGGAAAGUUGUUUAUCCUCAAAUAAAAAUGAUUUGUCGAAUAAAUCACCACUAUCUGCUGGUUCCAUUCUCAUAACGGAUUAUCGACAACAGCCAACAAAAUUAAACCGAAUAUUAAAUGCUCAGUGGAAUGUUCAACCAUUUACCACAUCAGAUCACAAAAUGGAAAAGCAGUUAUAA